AUGAGCGCAUCGAGCUCCGCCAUCUCGCCGUCGGCAUCGCACCUGGGUGCCGACCCGAAGAUCGUGCGACGACUUUCUUCGGUUUCGCACAUCAUCCUUGUGCUGUCGGGCAAAGGUGGAGUGGGUAAAUCGUCGGUUUCGGCGCAGCUGGCGCUUUCGCUGUCGUCUUCUGCAUCACCGAGCGAUCGCUCACGGAUGGCGCGCGUGGGGAUCCUCGAUAUUGAUCUCACGGGACCUUCGAUUCCACGUAUGCUGGGACUCGGUGGUGCGUCUGUAAAGCAGUCGACAGAUGGGUGGGUUCCGGUAUACACAGACGCAUCUCAACAUCUGGCCGUCAUGUCGGUCGGGUUCCUGUUGCGAUCCAAGAACGACUCGGUGGUUUGGCGUGGACCUAAAAAGAACGCGAUGAUCAAGCAGUUCUUGGGAGACGUCAGAUGGGGCACGCUCGACUACCUGAUCAUCGACACUCCGCCAGGUACGUCGGACGAACAUAUCAGCAUUCUCGAGUAUCUGCGAACAUUCGAGCCAGCAGCUGUCAUGGUUACAACGCCGCAGGCUGUGUCGUUAGCCGAUAACUUGAGGAGUCUCGAUUUUUGCCGCAAGACCAGUCUGCCCGUUCUAGGGUUGAUCGAGAACAUGUCUGGGUACAUAUGUCCGCAUUGCAACGACUGUACCAACGUCUGGGGCAAGGGUGGUGGUGAAGCGCUGGCCAAGAGAGAAGGCUUACGCUUUUUGGGUAGGAUUCCCAUCGAUCCCGGACUGGUGAGGGUAUUGGACGAUGCAAAGGACGACGCGCACGUCGAACUGCAGAAGCAACUCCACCAAACAAGUCUCAACGACAACGUGCUCAAGGCGAUCGACCAACCGCUUACGCCUCACUCGCAAUCAGCUGCGGCACAACUACCGAACUCGGGCGAUACAGAGUCGCUUACGCCCGCCGGAACCAUGCUCUCCAGAACAACAAUUCAGAGGUACAAGAACAGCCUCACUUUCCCCAUCUUCCAAGAAAUCACCGACCAGAUCCGCGAUCUAGCCACAAAACACAAGCUCCACCCACAAUCCUCCGUCCUCACAACAGCACUCUAG